UUCCUGACCUCAGAGGAUGCGGUUGAACAGCCCAGCGUCGCUGUCGUGAUAGGAUAGCUCACCCAAGAAAAAGAUCUCAGGUUUGGCGCCAGCAUAACGCAGUCAAUCCAUGAAGCCAGCAAGAACCUUGCUUUCCCUACUGACAGUAGCCGCUGCGGGAGCUGGCGUUGCUGCAUCGGCACAAUUCAUCACCACGAAGACAACAGAGGCCGCCGUGGAUGCCCGCCGAAGCGAUCCCGCAAAGCUGGACGCCCGGCAAGAAAACGUCGAGACCGUCCGCCGAACUAUAACCCUGACGUCAGGCCAAAACAGUCGUCCCAGCGCAAAACCCCAGCCCUCGUCAUCAUCACGAAAGCCCGACGACGAUGAGGAAGAUGACGAGGAUACAAGCACGCAAGAUGUCAAGACCACCCAAUCCGUAGCCGAUUCGCAGUCCACCAGCAGCACAGCAGACGAUAAGACACGCCUGACAGUGCCAACCUCCACCUCUGCAUCUUCCGCCUCCGAAACAUCACUACCACGACCUGACGGAGGAAAUGGGAAGAAAGGGGGUCUGUCGGCCGGCACAGCAGCGGGCAUUGCCGCUGGCGCGGUAGCGGGCAUAGCAAUAAUAGCAGCCAUCGCCUUCCUACUGUGGCGGCGGUCGCAGGGCGGCAUCCGCGGCGCCGUGGUCACGGCCGAGUACCCGCGGAGCAUGGCCGACAUGCCGCCACCACCCGGUCAAGACAUGGAGGGAGCAGCGACCGGAGUAGGGAGGGAUGGUCCUUUCUACCUUGGGAUCGGAAACGGCGGCACGUAUGCGGAGAGGAGUAGUAGUGCUGGUGGCGGAGGUGGAGGCGGAUCAGGGGAGGCGCUGUUUAGGAUUCCUCCGGCGGGGACGAUGCCUGGUCAACCGGGGUUUGAACAGUCCGAUUACUUCCAAUCGCCGCAACAACGGCAGCAGCUGGAAGGAGGCGAUCUAGGGGAGCAGCGCCCCGUCAGCGAGUUCACGACAUAUCCGUCGCCGGGACAGCCCGUCCUACCCGUGUCGCCCAUGACCCCGUACCGGCCCGACAGUAUCCCGGCGGGGCAGCUACAAGGGCAGGAGACCCAGUCGCGAGCUUCAGUCAGUUACCCCGGAUUUGGAAGCCCUGAACUCCCGACGUACAUGAUACCCGGCGGCGACCGGUCACGGGCCAUGAGCUUCUCGAGCCUGUCGAGAAUCAGUUUCGGAGGGCCGCAUACGGCUGAGUUGGUCGGUUCGCCGCCGCCACCGAUACCCUCGACCGCGGUUGUGGAGGGUCAGCCGUCCACAAGACGCAACCAAGUGCUGGACUAGCGUGGUAUUUGGGAGCAGUAUGUGUAUGUUCGAGGGCAGGGGUUCGCUGUAGAUAGCGGCAUGUCGAGCACUCUCUCUCAAGAUA